AUGCGAGCUGAAAGUGAAGGAGAUAACGGAGAUGCAGCUGCCGGAGAUGCAGCUGCCGGAGAUGCAGCUGCCGGAGAUGCAGCUGACGGAGAUGCAGCUGCCGGAGAUGCAGCUGACGGAGAUGCAGCUGCCGGAGAUGCAGCUGACGGAGAUGCAGCUGCCGGAGAUGCAGCUGACGGAGAUGCAGCUGCCGGAGAUGCAGCUGACGGAGAUGCAGCUGAUGAUGACAAAGACGAGGACGAUCACCAUGAGGACCAAGACGAGGACGAUCACCAUGAGGACCAAGACGAGGACGAUCACCACGAGGACCAAGACGAGGACGAUCACCAUGAGGACCAAGACGAGGACGAUCACCAUGGCGACUUUUCAGCUGGUACAGGUGUUAAGAUCAGCAGUAUUGUCUUCGGUGUUGUGGCAGCAAGGUUCCUUUAA